AUGUGGCCAAAGCCGGGCGAGCGUUCGUUCGUGCUGCGGGUGGGUCGGGGGAGAACGUGGCCCUGGGGAUGCCGCGGAGCCCGGGUGGGCGCGAGCAGCAGCAGGAGGAGGAGAAAGUCGCGCGCUGCUGCCAGCUGGACGCGGUGCUCAGCUCCCUGUAUGAUCUCGGAGAAGAACCAUUUGUUAAAAAUGAUAAGAAAAAGAUCCAAAAGAAAAACAUGGAGAACAAGUUGGAGUUGGAACCCACCAGAGCUGUAAUGGAAGACAAUGCUGCGUGUCCUGAUUCAGCAGUUCCAGGCAAAAGGAAAAGUCAAAGUGCUUCCAGUUUCUUUGAAAAACUGAAAAAUGAAAUGCAUCAUGACUCUGUUAAUUCAAAAGGGUUCACCCCAGAAUCCAGCAAUCCUAAUGUUGUGACACCCAAAACUAUGCAACAGGGAAAGACAUCAGAGGUGGAAGUUGUGAUAUUUCAUGGUCGGAGUAAAAAAAAGAAACCUAAACUGGAACUCACUCAGGACAAUGUUUCAAAGAUAAAGAUGGCUAUUCCAGAGAAAAAUGUGAAUGGAGAAGAAUUUAACUUAGAAAAAGCCCGUCUGGAAGUACACAGGUUUGGAAUCACUGCAUAUGAAAAGAAAGAACAACGAGUAUUGGAACAAGAACGUGCCAUCAUGCUGGGAGCCAAGCCUCCCAAAAAAGAAUAUUUGAACUACAAGAUUUAUCAACAGAAAAUUAAAGAAAAGAAAACAAUGAAGAAAGAAGAUAAUACUAUGGAAUAUAAAUCUGAUUCUAUCAAGAUAAAGAAGAAAAAGGGUCAGGAACAGAGGAAAGCCAAAAAGAAAAAAUCAGCAGCUAGUAUUUUGCCAACAGGACAGGUUGGAAAAUUUACAAAUGGGACCUUGAUUCUUAGAGGUUAUGACAUAAAGAAAAUUAAAUCCUCAAAAGUGGUUAAAUGAAGUUAUUAGACUGUAUCAAGACAGAAAAUGAAAAUGAGCUAAAAUUAAUUUCCUAAUUAAAAAAUGUCUACCUACCCAUGGUUUUUUCCCCUGUGUUUUAAUACCUGUCACAAUACCUUGGUGGUGUUUUUGGGAGGAUUUGCGGGGGGGAGCGGCGGGCUUAUUUGUUUUUUACCUAGUUUCUACUGUGAGGAGAACACAAAGUGCAUUGUUACACAAUAAAUUCAGAGUAAGAAAAAAUAAGGGUUUUUUUCCUAAUGAGUAACCUAAUUGAAGUAUUAUUUUCACUGGCUAACAAAGGUGUUGUACUUUAGUAGUCUGAGAGAGGUUUAACGGAUUAUAUUUGUAAAAUCCUGUUGAAACAGGAGUUUAAUAAAACAUAUUUUUAGCAGUGGAUUAUCUUGUUUUCUGAUGUAAAUAUGAUUUAAAAGGCUAAAAUGUACAGUUAAACCUCACUUACCUGAACGUGGCUUAUCAUUAUGGAUACAAUUUUGUCACAUUAAAAUUAAGCAAAAAUCACAGAACAUUCAUGGGAAAACUGUAGAAAGUAAGUGUACAGUCACAACACGGCUGAAGUUAGGGAGUUCUAUUAACUUCUGAUCAACUCAUAUCCUUAAAGAUAAUAAAUAGUAAUUUGUAAGGCAUGUUCUGAAUAUCCCGUUAUUGUAGUUGAAGUGUUAGCAACAGAGUGAGUGUUUCCAUUGAAAUCAGCAGCUGACAGCAGGUAGCACCUUUCAGAAACGCAUUUUUAGGAGCUGAGAAUUUCUUGGUGUUGUCUCACCACACAAGUGAAUUCUAUUUGUCUGGGUGGUUUUUUAACUAAGGCAAAAAAAGUUUAGCUGUGAGCAUGAGGCCAGCGAGGAAACAGCCUUAGCUUUCCCAUUUAAGUGCAAACAUCUAAAGAAUGUUGUUUUUGUUUUUUAAGCAGCUCUGGCACUGAAACACAACCGUAGGUGGGCAACUGCAGUGUAGCAGGGAGAUUGGACUCCAUAAUGAGGGCUGACUUCUGAAUAUCCUGGUAACUGAGCGAAGGCCCUGCCAAUUGUCCUGACAUUUCGGAAAGCACGCUUCUAUGUGCACAAUUCUAGGGAUGGAUUAAGGCAUUUUUGCAAUCUGCCAAUCCACACCCUUCAGCCCACUUCUUCUCUGCUCUACCUUUGAGUUAAGUUUCCUCAAGCUUUUGUCCUUGACUUCAGUUGCCUAGAUCCCCCUGAACUUUAUGGGUGCUUAGACCCUAAUGAGCUUAGGAAGCUUAUUGGGGUGGAGCCAUCUUAAAAGCUAUGCAGGAACAAAGCUUUAGUCAAAUUAGAGCUCUUAGGCUGUGUCUACACUGGGCCACUUAUUCCAGAAAAGCAGCCGCUUUUCCGGAAUAACUUGCCAGCUGUCUACACUGGCCGCUUGCU